ACCCAGACACCAACGCGUCUUCACCUGCACAGCACCCGAAACAUGGCACCUGCUGGCAGGCGAGUUGCUGUGCUAGCUCUUUCGAUGCUGUAUUUAUGCGGCGCUAUCAUUUCUUCCCAGUAUUUUUCUACCCUCGCCUUUUUUAACGAAGAGCUCACCGAGCGCGGCUGUGGCGCGCCGUCCGGCUGGGAGGAGUCUGCUCCGGACUGCGAAAGUAGUAUUCUGCAGUUGGAGGACCCUGACUGUGAAGAUGGCAGCAGCGCUGCCUGUGAGUCAGUCUUCUCUCUAAAUGCUGAGAAGAUUCUGAGCCAGGCCAGACUGUUGGUAGAGCAGCGGCGCUUUCCGUUUGCCACUGAUGACCCCAACAUCAACGAGGAGCUCGCUAUAGGAUAUGUGCUCAUCGGAAACAGCCUCUUUGAUGAGGCCAUCAAACACUUUUCCCUCCUAUUGCAGGGGGAUCCAGAGCUGGUUAGUGCCAUGUACGGAAGAGGAAUAGCCUAUGGGAAAAAGAGUCUUCAGGAUAUAAAGAACGCUGAUCUGGCUCUGUAUGAUCUGAGUAGAGUCAUCACUCUGGAACCCAACAGACCAGAGGUGUAUGAGCAGAGGGCAGAGAUUCUUUCUCCUUUGGGACGCAUCAGUGAAGCUCUGAGUGAUCUCACUAAAGCCAUCCAGCUUCAACCUUCAGCACGACUCUACCGGCACAGAGGAACCCUGCUCUUCAUCUCAGAGGACUACAUUGCUGCCAUGGAAGACUUCCAGCAGUCUCUGGAGCUGAAGAGAAACCAGCCCAUUGCCAUGCUCUAUAAAGGCCUUACUUUUUUCCACAGAGGACUGCUCAAGGAGGCCAUUGAGACGUUUAAAGAAGCCCUGAAGUUGAAGUCUGAUUUUAUCGACGCACACAAAAGCCUGGCACAGGCCUACAGGGAGCUGGGUGAUUUUGACAAUGCCAUGGAGAGUUUCCAGAAAGCUCUGCUGCUAAACCAGAAUCAUCUCCAGUCUCUACAGCUCAGAGGAAUGAUGCUCUAUCACCAUGGCAGCUUGCAGGAUGCCAUCGGAAACUUUAAGAGAUGCCUGCAGUUGGAGCCCUACAACGAGGUGUGCCAAUACAUGAAGGGUCUGAGUCAUGUCGCAAUGGGACAGUUCUACGAGGGCAUCAAGGCUCAGACUAAAGUCAUGCUCAACGACCCACUGCUGGGUCAGAAAGCCAGCUCUGAAUACCUAAAGGUCAAGUACCUCCGAGAGUACUCUCGAUAUUUGCACUCUCACCUGGACAUUCCUGUAGCAGAAUAUAAUGUGGAUCAGGAUCUUCCAGGGAACUUCAAGAACCACUGGGCUAAAAGCCUGCCCUUCCUAAUAGAGGAUUAUGAAGAGCAGCCUGGUCUACAGCCACACAUCAAAGAUGUUCUGCCUCAGGAUUUUGACAGUUACUCUCCGGAGGUGCAGAAGUUAAUCUGUACAGCGGAUCAUCUCGGCACAUUAAUGCAGUACAACACAUCAGGCUUUCUGCCCAACCUGCGCAUCCACAGGGCGAUGGGUCUGGCCACCAUUGAGGUGAUGCAGGCAAUGCAGCGCACCUGGAGUAACUCAAAAGUGCGAGUCAACGGUAAAACCAGGCAGCUACAGUGGAGAGACAUGUUCGAUAUUGCUGUGAAAUGGAGAAGAAUUGCAGAUCCGGAUCAGCCUGUACUGUGGUUGGAUCAGAUGCCAGCAAGAAGCCUGAGCAGAGGAUUUAACAACCACAUCAAUCUCAUCAGGGGCCAAAUAAUCAACAUCAGAUAUAUGGAAUAUUUCAGCAGCAUACUUGAAUUCAUCAAAGACAGAAUAUUAGUCUAUCAUGGGGCGUAUAACCCGCGGGGGGUGCAGGAGGUAAAACAGGCCCUGGAGAACGUAAAUAAGGUGGAGGACUUACUGCCUAUAAUGAAGCAGUUCAACAGUAAAACAAGAGACGGCUUCACGGUGAACUCAAAGGUGCCAAGUAUGAAGGAUCCUGGGAAAGAAUACGACGGUUUUACAAUCACUAUUACCGGAGACCGUGUGGGGAACAUGCUGUUUUCAGUAGAGACCCAGACGACAGAAGACAGGACACAGCAGUACCAGUCUGAAAUUGAGGCUCUUUAUAAAGACCUGACUGCUAAGGGAAAAGCUCUCAUGCUGUCAUCUGAACUAGGGGAUGCGGAUGCCGUGUGUAACCUGGUUCUGUCACUGGUGUAUUAUUUCUGUAACCUCAUGCCCCUGUCUAGAGGCUCCAGUAUUGUAGCUUACUCUGUGGUGAUGGGAUCUCUGAUGGCGAGUGGAAAAGAAGUCCUGGGCAGAAUCCCAGCUGGAAAGCUGGUGGACUUUGAGGCCAUGACCACAUCAAGCCCUGAACGCUUCACCAAAACCGCUAAAACCUGGAUGAACUUGAAGAGUUUGCCGAGCUGGUACCAGAACCUUCCGUCUGUAGCGGAGACAUUUCAGUAUGCUCGAACCAUGAUUGAAGUCCUGAACACUGACUCGUCCUCCCACUGUCCCAAAGCAUCCUAACAAGGCCUCAUCACUCCUCCAGUAUUGUCCUUUCUGCUGAGUCAUGUUCUCCCACACAGUCUUCCAUCAAAAUACUCACACGGGUAAAAUGGGCACAGAUCAGUUCUUUUCUUUUGUUUCUUGGACGUUGCCAGUGUCUUGAACAUAAAGUAUGCACAACGUUUUUCCCCUGGUGCCCUCCAAAAAAGAUGAAUUAAUAAGAAAUGUGUUAAACAGCAGCCAUAACUCUGUUCUCUUAAUUAUAGUGAACAAAAUGUAUUUAUGUUGACAAUCAUUUUAGUUCCAAACAGAAAUUAUAACAGAUUUCUGCUGAAUUACAUCUUGUUUGUGCACAUUUUCUCCUGCUCAGAUACAUCAUGGUUUAUUAAAGGAUUGAUUGAUUAAUAGCUGAUGAAUUAAAUUGUGUUUGAGCAGUGAAAAUAGAAAAAUUUGUUCAGCACAUGGACUUUACUGAAUCAGGGUUGUGCACCACUGCAUUAAUCCUGAUUAGUUGAUUGAUCUAAAGAUCCUCAUGAAGCUCUAGGAAAAAAAAUAAUCACACUUCCUUAGUCAGACCCUCGUUUCAUUUUUUCUGUUAGUCCCAGAUUCAAGAAUAAAGAAAAACUUCUGUACUGUGAACUUGAAAGAAGAAAAUAUUUGUGGAAAUGCAGCUCACUCCCAGUUUUUUAUUUCCAAAUGAAUUUUCUCUUUUAUUUAAUUCAGAAUUUAUUAUUGAAAUUGUGUUUUAACUCAAGUAUUUUUUUAAAAAUGGGGCUGUGAGGACUUUUUAAUGUCCUGAAUGUAAACUUAAAGGUUGUGUGAGUAUUUUCGAGUGUGAGCGAGGUAGAAAUCUAUAGUCAAUAAAAGUUUUGAGGUUGCUCA